AUGGCCGACGACGGCGCAAAGCCCAAGAUUGGCUCACUCAAGGAUAGGAUCAAGCAAUUUGAAGCCUCUUCGUCUGCAUCUUCAAGUGGUCCUACCCCUCCGCCUCUGCGGCCUAAGCCUGCGACGCUUGGGCAGUGGAAGCCGAAACCGCUGGAUCCGCCUUCACCAAACAAGCAGACAAGCUUUGAAAUAGCAGAUAAUUCGACUCACGCAAAGGAAGAUGACUCGCAAGGAACUGGAAUGUCCGCUACGGACGCCAUGGAGUCUAUAUCCAAAGGCGGAGGCACUUUGAAGGAACGAAUGGCUGCGCUCCAGGGCAAAGGAGCGUUUGGAAACCCUGCAGCUGCGUCUACUGCGCCGCCUCUUCCAAGCAACGAGGGCAAACCGCGAGUUUGGCGCGCAAGCCCAGCGCCUCCAUUACAACCCAAACCUGUGGUCGAAAUCACUCCUACGGAUACACCCGUAGAUGAGUCUCAUGAGGCUACAGAAUUGACAAACCCAGAGGUUUCCGUGUCCAGCCCAGCGGACGAUGACCCUCGCAAGCCCAAUGACGCCACGCAGCACGAAGAAGGGCAACCAGGGACGGAAGAAGAUGAAGAGAGAGAGAAGCGUGCUGCGAUUGCGGCCCGUAUGGCUCGACUUGGAGGUGCAAAACUUGGAAUGCCCAUUGGAUUUGGUGUUCCGACCAAGGGUCUCUCCAAGCCUACGACACCCGCGACGCCUACGAAUCCAGCAGCAGCAGAAUCCGAAGAUGGGGAUGCAACUGAAAGCACGAGUAGUAGACCUCGUCAAACUACUCUCAACACUGCGCUCCAGAUCCCUCUUCCCAAGAGCCAAGGGAGCCUUUUAUCCCCUGGAGACGAUCUUCCAUCUGAGUCGGACGCGUCAACGUCGAGCAAGCUGGUGCCUCCUCGGUCCCCAGCCAUUCCUCGCAGUCCAGACUCGAUGCCCAUUCCCGCGCUCCCUAAGCGUACUGCUGGUCCAAGGAGGAAGAAGAGUGUCAAGGAGAUUGUGCCUCCGGCUAUUGAGGAUACGCCACCAGUGCCGUCCACCGAUGUCACCCCUGAGGGUGAACCAGAGGCAAAGUCCCUGUCAGAAGUCACUCAAAAUGACACAGAGGCACGCAUUUCCGAGAGCUCUGCCGCUGGACACCUCUCCGAGGAGUUGCCAUCAGUUGCUCCCUCAGGCGAGGAAGAAUCUGAGGAUGUCGCCUCAUCUCCUCUUGUUCGACCCAAAGUUGACAUUCCAACCGAUCCAAGCGAUGACCUUGACACCAACUUGUUAACGCCGCGUGCAGGAUACGGUUCAACGGACGAGGCGGAGGUUGCUUAUCCCACGGAGACCGGCAUCGAGGACGAACAAGGGUCUGAAGGGGAUGAGGAUAUCCGAAAGCAACGAGUGGCCGAGAAGAUGGCCAAACUUGGAGCCGUGAAUCCUCUUGCACCGGGAAGUGUGUCUCCCACCUCUCCUCACGGGAUAAAGGAUGAAGAGACGUCUGGUCAUAGCGAAAAGGGAAAUAAGUUCGAGCAGAGUCAUGUGGAGUCUAUCAUUCCGGCUGAUGAAUCGGAGAACAAAGUUGCUGUCUUGUCCUCGUCUGGUCAAAUCACUGGAGGCGCAGACUCGUCUCAUCGCCCUGAGCGGUUUUCCAAUGCAGAUGUCGCUAUCGUCACCUCUGAAGUAGACGAGGAAGACUACGAUGUGGACUACCCAAUGAUGUCUCCUGUUGGGGGUGGUUCCUCAGCGUAUGGUGGCUUUUCAGAACCUGCCGCGAGCCCAUCCGAGCCCUUGCCUCGACAGAAAGCGGAAGACCUCUUUACUGAAGGUCAUUCACAAGUCCAAAGGCAUACCACGCGCCCAAUACCCCCACCGCCAAUGCAUGCCGAGCCUUCAAUUAAUGCAGAACAAGAAGAUAUCUCUGGCGCCUUGACAGCGGCCUUGGCUCGGCGACCUCCCAUCCCGCCCUCGGCAGAAGAAGAGAUAUCGUCGCCAUCGAGAUCGCUCUCGAGAACUCCAUCCCCCUCGCCCGCCCUCUUUGUACGCGAAGGGGCACCAAGCCCUCCAUCGAUAGGGGAGCGGUCACAGCUCUACUCUGAGGAAGAGUAUGAAGUCGAAGAACAAGAGGUCGAGGAGCCCGAGGUUGAAUCCGAAUCACCCCCUCCGGAAGAACUAGAAGAACAUCAAGAGGAGCAAGAAGAGUCACCCAAGGUUGAAAACGUGCCACCACCUUUGCCUGCUGGACGUCCCCAGGUUCCAAACGUGCGGCGGUCGAUCCCACCACCACCGCCGCCGCCGCCGGCUGCAAUUGAGAGCCCUCCAGUGGAUGUCGAUCACACUAGUGACCACACCGCCAAUAAUGUGCCGCCCCCACUACCCGGUGGCCGGCCACCUGUUCCAAAUGUGCGGAGAUCAAUACCGCCGCCUCCCCGUUCAAUGUCACCUCGAUAUACAGAACCAGUUACGACUGCCGACAAUGGUGAUCAUGAAGACACACCAUCGACCAUCAGCAACGUUCCUCCGCCCUUACCAAGCGGAAGGCCCCCGAUUCCAGUCACACGUCGGUCCAUCCCUCCACCACCGCGCUCAGCUUCACCCCGAAGUAUUGAAAUCACGAUUCCCGUGGAGAUGCAUGAGCGGGAGACGGUCCAAUCAGCGGUUGGCAUGCCACCACCCCUACCAGCUGGAAAACCUUCCGUUCCGUUUAAGCGCAAAUCAAUCCCACCCCCACCACCCGCCGCGGCAGUUACACGGGAGGAAGAUGUAGAGGCACCUUCGACUAGUCCACCUGCAUCGUCGUCCGCUCGCUCCCAGCGACCACAACAAUCACUGAUGAUGAUCCCGAAUUCACCAACCGGAGAGAGCGAAACUGAAGAGGUCGAUUAUAUGAUUGGCGAGUCGCCAGUGGCUCAGGUCCAGGAUGAGACCCACAAUAUUCGCAAGGCAGCGGAAAGGCCAGCGAUGGUGCCUCCACGUGCCAAGUCGCCCAUCCAAAGCAAAAGAAAGGAGAUAAUGGAUGACGAAGAAGGAGAUCCUGUCGACCCGCAUUUCAUUGGAAGGCACCAGUCUCCUCCCGUGAGCCAACAACCCACCCCCACCCCUCCUCGCAGAGUAUCUAUACCCCAGUCACCACCUCACAAAGUUUCAACGCCACAACGCCAAACGUCGGAAGAUGGACAACCUCCAGCUGCUGAGGAAGCAGAGGAUGAUGGAGAGGCCGCUCGUCGCAGGACAAUUGCUGAGAGAAUGGCAAAGCUUGGUGGAAUCAAGUUUGGCAUGCCCGUGCCUGCUCCGCGGGCUGCUCCCGUUCGCAAAAUGUCCGAGCACGAAAAGGAAGAGGCAUCCAACGACAAGCAAGAGGAAGAUCAAGCUGAUCAAAACCCAGAGGAAGCACAACGUGCACGACGCGCCGCGCUUGCUGCCCGGAUGGCUGCGAUGGGUGGUCGAGGAUUUGGAAUGUAUGGAGGCGUGCCACCUGCACCAGCACCUCCGGUUGCUACAAGAUCUCCUUCGCCUCCGCCUCAAAGAGAGCCAGAGACAAGCCCAAGCCCGCCACCUCUUCCGACGAGCCGCCCGCCUGUGAAGCCAAAGGCGGAUCUGUCGGAAGCGGUCACGAGAACGCCGCCGCCAAUGCCAAAGGCUAGUGGCCCUGUUCCUGGUGAAACAUCUGAGAGUGAGCUCGAGAUGGUGAAUGCCGAGACGGAAGAUGAAGGUGAAAUCGUCGAGCAAGAAGACGAGGAACCAGAGCUUGUAGAGACGCCUCCUGCACCACCUUCGCGCUCAAAUCGUCCACCAGUACACGCAAUUAAUCGUUCGCCGCCUCCAAUUCCAGGAAAGCCACGCUCAAUGUCCAUAGAAGCACAGGAUGUCACCCCUCCUGCAGUCGUGCGACGUGCACCAUCUACUAGACAACCCCCAGCGCCAGUGCCACUAGGAGUCGAGUAUGUGGUCGUCGACGAGGAGAACCCACAAAACAGAUCUCGUGCCCCACAAACCCGCACGAUUCCUGAGCCACCUCGAGACGCUUCCAACGGCCCAUCCAUGGAAUCCAGCGGACAAUGGGAGCUUCCGAAUAUCCCAAGUGGCUCACUCGACCUUGGACGGUUUGGUCAAGGCACCAGCAAGCCAGGACUGCAGCCACCAAAGCAUCUAGAAACAGAUGCAUCGUGGACCAAAGUCGAACAAGAGCAACUAUCUGUACCUUCUACCUCUCAGAUGGGCCCAAUUACGCCGUCAGAACCGUUCAAUGGGCCUGCACCACCCAAGGUAUCUGUCGACACGCUGGCGGCGCUAUCGGAAAAGUACGGCGCAAAGAUUGUGCAAUCUGCUCAGCAAAUUCACGAGAGGUCGAAGAGGCUCGUGAUCGGUGACGGUUCCUCGACGUCGUUUUUGUACAUGGCGCUCGCACCGACCGGCGCUUCAACGACCAGCUUGGGGCACUUGAUUUAUGCGCAGACGGGUGGAUCUGUGCAAAAGAGGCUGGGGGAUAUCAUGCCCGGUGAUAUCGUUGCUCUGUAUGAGGCACAUUUCAAGGGCCACAAGGGCGGCCUCGGGUUGGGUAAUUAUUCGGCUGUGUGGGGAAGCCGAGAAGAGCCUGUUUUGGGUAUUGUGAGUGACUUUGAGGCGAAGAAGAGCAAGAUCAAGGCAUACGCUGUCAAUCAGCAUCCGAAUUCGUAUCCGACGAUCGAUGCACCGAGCUAUAAGCUUGAUGAUUUGAAGAGCGGGACCGUAAAGGUUUUCCGAGUCGCCGAAGAGAUGCGUUGA